UUCCCAAAAAAGAAAAGAAAAAACAAUUUUGCCACAAAAAACAAUUUGGGUCCAAAAUAGGAGCGCCAAACGGCCAAAGUGUAAAACCAAGUCAAAAACCUGCAUUCAAACGGGUCGGGGAUUUGCAUUUGUCAAAUUGAAGGAAAACGCUGAAUUUUUCUCAUUUCUCCAAAUAUUCCCCCAAUUUCUCCCCUUUCUCAACCAAAACCACCAUUUUGACCUUCAAACAACAAUUGAAAUCCCUAAUUAAACAUUGAAGCUACAAAUCAAAGCUACGAAAUCCCCAAUUUCUUCGUAUAAUUUCAUUUCGAUUUCUCUGGUAACCGCCAUUAACGAUUUCUGCAAGAAAUUCGGAUCAUUUUGGUGAAGGAAAAUGUCGUGGCUGAGGACGGCGGUGAGCAGGGCAGUGGAGGUUGGAAACAAGAACAAUAUCACUCGCACCGUCAAAAAUUACGCCGAUUCUGUCGUCCAGCAUGCUGGUCAAGCUGUUGCUGAAGGCGCCAAGCUCCUCCAAGAUCGUAUUGGAACUCGGAACCAUAAAAGCUUUAAGCUUGCUGUCAAGAGAUUGGAGGAGGCCUCUGUCAGCUGCCAAGGGCCAGAAAGAGUUCAGCUGUUGAGGAGAUGGUUAAAUCUUUUAAAUGAAAUUGAGAAGCUAUCGGGAGAUUCAACUGAAGAUACUGUAAUGACUCUUGAGCAGCAUCUUGAAUAUGAUGAAACCAAUGAUAACACAAGGAAACCAUCUUUGGUUCUGUUUUAUGAUUCUGAUGAUCAGUAUGAACCUAUGAACUUCCGGGAUGUUUUUCUUCACAGUCAGGCUCUUGAAGGCAUAACUCUGUCAAUGAUCCUUGAGGCACCAAGUGAGGAAGAGGUCUCCUUACUUUUGGAGAUGUUUGGGCUCUGUCUCACUGGUGGAAAAGAAGUCCAUCAUGCUAUAGUAAGUAGUAUUCAGGAUCUGGCACAAGUUUUCUCAAGCUAUGAAGAUGAAGUAUUGGUAAAACGUGAGGAGUUGCUACAGUUUGCUCAAGGUGCAAUUUCAGGGCUGAAAAUAAAUGCAGAACUGCUGAGAGUAGAAAAUCAAGUUUCAAAUCUUAGAAAAAGACUUGAUGAGAUGAGAAAUUCGCCAGAGCUUUCAGGUGAAGGUCCUAUGCAGCCAACUCUAAUUGAUUCUGCUACUGCUACAAUAGAGGGCUUAAAACAAGCACUUGCACAAAUCCGCCUUUGUUCUACGCUGGAAGGUUUGUUGGUUAGGAAGCAAUCAUUACACAAUGGAGACACCCCUGAAAUUCAUGCUCAAAAGAUUGAUAAACUCAAAGUCUUAUCUGAGUCUCUGGCGAAUUCUUCUACAAAAUCUGAGAAGCGAAUAGUAGAUACCAGAUCCCAGAAAGAGGAGGCUCUGAAAUUUCGCGUGUCUAAAGAAAGUGAAAAUAGUGAGAUGGAGAAGGAAUUAGGUACUGAAAUUGCAGAACUUGAGAAGAAAAAAAUAGAGCUUGAAGCAGAACUGAAAAAGGUGAAUGUUUCCUUGGUUGCUGCUCAAAAACGUCUUCAGAUAUCCAGGGAAGAGAAAGACCAAUUUGAUGAGGCUAACAAUCAGAUUCUAGAACACCUAAAAACAAAGGAAGAAGAGCUGACUAGAUCAGUUGGCUCUUGUAAAGCAGAAGCUGAUGUACUAAGGACAUGGAUCAAUUUUCUUGAAGAUACCUGGGCUCUACAAUGCACUUUCGUGGAGUCCAAGGAAAAGCAGGCGAAUGAUGAAUUGGAGAGGCAUGAGGACUUUUUUGUGGACUUGGCCAUUGAACUUCUCUCUGGGUACAAGAAAGAACUGGAGCCUUCAAUUGGCCGUAUUAGCCAAUAUGUGGAGAAUCUUAAGUCUUUAAGUGGAGGGUCUAAGGUAACAUCACAUGGAGAUGAUGAUGAUUCCAGAAUAUCAAAUCCCAGAAGAAAUUUGGAGGAGGAAUACCUGGAUUUUGAGGCCAAGAUAGUGACCACCUUCAGUGUAGUGGACAACAUGAAAGAGCACAUGUACUCCAAAGAAAGAAAAUUUUCAAGGAAAGAUGAUUCAAAAGUCAAGGAGCUUUUUGAUGACAUUGAGAAGUUGAGAAGGGAAUUUGACUCAAUUGAAAGGCCGGUUCUGCAGAUGGAAUCCCCAAGUAGGGAGCCAGAGACUCCAACUAGUGAGAAACCCCAGGAAAUUAUUUCUCAAUCAUCUUUAGAACCAGCAAAAGGUUCGGAAAGUGAGAAGAAGCAUACUGAGCCUUCAAAAGCAGAAAAAGAGCAGGUGGAUGACCAUGAAGCAGAGUUGGCAAAAUUGGAGUCUGAAUUCGGGAAGGUUGGUGUAGAUUACACAUCCGAAGAGAUUGGUGGCUGGGAAUUUGAUGAGCUUGAGAAAGAAUUGACAAAUAGCGAGACAGGAAAAAGGUAGAUAGAUCGAUAGUACCCACUCUGUAAAAAUCAUGUUAUAUGUGUGUAAUAAACCAGACCGGCUGUACAAUUAUUCUGCUACUUUUUUUACUGACCAUGUUAUCUCCCUAACAAGUAUUGUUUUUAGCUCAAAGGGAAAUUACUGUCACUAGUAACCUCUGUGCUUGCUCCCUUGUAAAGUCUUAGGCACUGUCUUGAUUGUAUUGGCAUUUGAUAAUCUUUUUGUUCUGUAUCCUAGUGUCCCAUCCUUGUACAAAUUAUCGUUAAGUAUCAUUUUGUGCUAGAUGCGGAUUUGUCGA